ACUUAAAGAGUUUUAACACAAAAUGACAGGAGUAUGGCUCCCCUGUAAAUCCUGUAAAUCUGGGACGUAUUUUCAUUGUACUGUUGAGGAGAUGAGACAAGUGGGGCAGGAAGCAAGAGUGAUGUCACGUUUCAUGGUCACAGCUGUGACUAGGGGCCUCGCAAGAAGCACUCUUAUGUGAGAAAUUUCAGGUAAAUUUAGUAGACAUUCAUAGUCUGUGGUAAAUCAUUGACAAGUAGAUUAAACAGUACCUCUGUUAUCUAUGAAUUCUUAGAAGAAAGUACUUGAUCAAAUUUAACAAAUGCUUAUUUCUGACCACUUACUUUGCAUUACAGUGGUGUGGGGUCUGGCAUAGAAAGAUGUACUUUCAGCCACUUUACCCCAAUCCAGGUAAACCUAAGAGAAUGUGUCGAUACCUACCAUAAGCAAAAUAUUCUAGAAUUUACUACAAUGCUAGGAAGAAGGUAAGUAUUCGCUCUUCGAUUAUUUGCUGGCAGGUGGGAAGACGAAGAAAGGAGGAGACAGGAAGGAGAGAAGGAAAAAAGAGAAGGAGACAAACUUUCUGAAUUUAAUCAAGCUUAUGAGUCAUGUUUUUAACCAUUUGCUGUUGAAGUUUCUGAACAACUGUGACCUACAUACUCAGGACAUGAAAUUGACAGUUUCUAAACUGAAGUGUAUCUUUUGAAAAAACAAGAGUCUGGCUAGGAAAGGAACCCAUACAUUGUGAUAUGAGACAACUUACCAAAAGAAGUGAAAAAAGGAAAGAGAUUUUAUUACACGCCUCCUACUUUACCUCUAUUGACACGAAGGGGCAACUAGAAGUCAGCCAACAAUUUAAUGAUAAAUCCACCACUCCCAGUUAACUACAAGCCAAUUCUCACAGACUUGGCUGAACACCAAGAAAGCAUUCACAUGAAUAAACAUAUUAAUGGGCAGGGCUCAAGCUGUGCCUUCACUACAGAUUUCUUUGAGUGAAGUGUCUGUUUUCUGAGAGCAAGGAGAAGGUUUGGGAAACAUGGGAUUUACUGAAAAGACUGAUUUCUAUUUUGGGAAAAGAAAUUUCAUAAUUUUGGAGAAAUGACAUCUAAUGUGCCUGAGAGGAAAGCUUUUAAAAAGUUGCAAUAUGUGUGUGAAAAUAACUUGCCAGUCAGCUUUCUGGGCAAAAGUGAACAAGAAGAUCUAAGCAGGCGAACGGCAAGGAAGGGCAGCAUUUGCUGGGAUGCUACAUCACAAAUUCAAAAUGGGAUGGAGUCUUCCAACUCUGACUAUGGUAAAUACUUUGAGGAAAUCCAUGGGAUUCUGAUGUACAAAGUUUUUGCUAAACAUUGGGAUGAUGUGGAAGCCUUCCAGGCAAGACCAGAUGACGUUGUCAUCUCCACCUACCCUAAAUCUGGCACAACCUGGGUUAGUGAAAUCGUAUACAUGAUCUAUAAAGAAGGUGAUUUGGAAAAGUGCAAAGAAGCGAUUUUUGAUCGAGUCCCUUACCUGGAAUGCAGGGAUGAUGCUGCCACCAUGAAUGGUAAUGCCCAAGGAGUAAAAAAACUAGACGAGAUGGCAUCUCCUAGACUAGUGAAGACCCAUCUAUCAGCUGAACUUCUUCCAGCCUCAUUUUGGGAAAAGAACUGCAAGAUGAUCUACCUUUGCCGGAAUGCAAAGGAUGUGGCCGUUUCUUUUUAUUACUUUUUUCUAAUGGCAAGAGGACACCCGAAUCCUGGAUCCUUUGAAGAGUUUGUGGAGAGAUUCAUGGAGGGACAAGUUCCCUAUGGCUCCUGGUAUAAACAUGCAAAGUCUUGGUGGGAAAAGAGAGGGAAUCCACAUGUGUUAUUUCUUUUAUACGAAGACAUGAAAAAGGAUAUCAGAAAAGAGGUGAUGAAAUUGUUUCAGUUCCUAGAGAGGAAGCCAUCAGAGGAGCUUGUGAACAAAAUUAUACAACAUACCUCAUUCCAGGAGAUGAAGAACAACAAAUACACCAACUACACGAUUCUGCCCUCGGAGGUGAUGAACCAUCAGGUGUCGCCCUUCAUGAGAAAGGGGGUCAUAGGAGACUGGAAGAAUCACUUCACAGUAGCGCUGAAUGAAAAGUUUGACAAACAUUACGAACAGCAAAUGAAGAAGUGCACACUGACGUUUCCAACUGAGAUCUAAGCAGGGCUUUUUUUGCUCAACAUAUCUGGAUUAAAGAUGUCUUUUUAUCAUUCUUUACUUUUAAAAUUUUAGAUUGGUGGAGAAGGAACACGUGAAGGAUCAUAGGUCAGGUUCACAUGUUUGCUGAGUUCAUACGAAGGGGAACUGAGGUUCUCUCCUCCUUGUAAUCAUCUUUUAAUAUUGUUUCUUUUCUUUUGCUUCCUCUUCUUUUCUAUUUUUUACAAGUGUUAUACAAAGCUAUAAUCUAUGGAAAUAAUGCAGUAACACAGUUGAUUCACCACUUUAGAGUUUCACUAAAAAUAAAAGCAUUCCAAACCACGUUUUAAUGACUCUUUUCCAUUUAGUAGUGAAUAAAUGUAAGGUGUAAGUAUACAUGUAUGUUAAUAGUCUUACAUGAACCUCAAAGACCAUGAAAGAAAGAAUCCAGGAAUACACACACAUGUAAAUCCGGGAGCAAAACCAUAGCUACGAUUCCCUUCCUGAUUUUCUUUGACUUU